AUGAACACUGCUAUUAAGUUAAUCACAUUCUCUCUCUUCCUCUCUGUUGCAUCUGCUAACCUCUACGGUGUAUGGCAAGAUGGUAAUACCGCCAACUUUGGUAUUAUCAGUGAAACUGGUGUCCCAACCAUGAAAUUGGAAUUCCCAGGUUACACCAACUGGCACGUUGGCAACUCUGCCAUGAACAAUUUUACCAGUAUGUUUACCUUUGUCCUCAGCAGCAACAACAUCCAAUACCUCGUUAGUGUCAACGUUGCCACCAACAAGGUUCUCUACUUUGCCCCAAUCCCAGAAGGAAAGAUUCCAUACGGUCUCAAGUACGACCCAGACGUCAACUCUAUGAAGUGUGUCUUGCAAGGAAGUGGAAACAACACUUGGUUGGUUGGUGAAAUGGAUCCAGCCUCUGCUAGUUAUGAUACCUAUGGUAUGGUCCAAGGUGCUUACCUUUCAACUGGUCUCUCACCAUACAACCACAGCUACUUUGUAGUUGUUGGAGUUCAACAAGGUGGUCCAGAAAUCCUCAUGUACAGUUACGACACUAGAUCCGGUCAAGAAACUGGUGAUGUUGUUCUUUUGCUCCCACAAAACUUUAUUGGUGGACCAUACAACCUUCUUUACAUUCCAACUUUGGAUGUUUUAGUUUGCAACAUUUUAAUCAAGGACGAGAAUGAUAACACUGGUAUGGAUUAUGCUAUCAUUGAUAUUGUUGGUGGUACUGUCAAGCCACUCGGUAUCUUUACCCCAUCACAAGCAGUCUCUGUUGUUUCCCACGCUGCUCAUGGUUCACUCAUCUAUGCCAACGUAAACAACGAUGCCAACCUCCAAUUCGUUACCAUCGAUCUCUCCCAAAACAAGCAACUCUCUUCCACCCCACAAACUACCUUUGUUGUCUCUAUGGGUUACUUUACCAACUAUUAA